AUGUUCCUUGAGCAGCUUAAAAGAGCGCGUUCAGAAAAAGAAUGUGUCAUCGAAUCUUUCGAUGUCACAUCGCUUUAUACAAAUGUUUCCAACGGCGCUGCAAUGCAAGCUGUGUUCGAGCUACUCGUAGAACAUCGGGACACCUUAGACUUGCACGGGUUUUCCAUAAGGCAAAUUAUGAUGCUCCUGGAUGAAUGCUUAAAGUGCUCCAUUUUUCGUUGGGCCGGCAACUACUAUAGACAGGUCAGGGGAUUGGCCAUGGGACAAAGACUAGCUCCCACACUAGCCAUUGCAUUCAUGUCCAAAAUAGAACAACCCAUUCUGGAACGGAAACCUUUCCUGUAUUGCCGUUAUAUUGAUGACUGUUGCAUUAUAUGCCCCACUCAAGACGAGAUGGACACUUGCUUCGAGCUUCUAAACCAACAGUCCCCUUACAUACGGUUCACAAGGGAGAAACCCAAAGAAAAUUGGCUGUCCUUCCUCAAUGUGGAAAUACAGUGGUCCAAUGGUGAAUGGAAGACACGAUGGUUCCGAAAACCUAGCAGCAAAAACAUUUUAGUUCAUUGUCUUUCCGCUCACCCUUGGAAAACUAAGAAAUCUGUGGUUAAAAACAUGUUUAGGACAGCCGUAAGGGUGACAUCAGAUGUCCAGGAGCGGAUCGAUGCGAUCAACCUAGCGCAACGCAUCGCGAAUUCUAACGGUUACAUUGGUAAUGUAGCACGUAGGCCAGAUCUUGGUGCGCAGCAAGAAUAUGCCACACGGGUUGAGUCGAAUAAGAUCAAUUUCUGCCUGCCCUUCAUAACCGACGACCUGAGUAAAGCUAUACGGGCUAGUCUGGUGAAAUGCGGUCUCGAGGACCAAGUGAGAGUUGUGGAAAUACCUCCAACAAAUCUCAAAAAACAACUAGUUCGAAACAGAAUGUACGACCGCUUCUGUCUCACUCCAGACUGUGUAAUAUGCCCAUUCGGGAAGGAAGGGGACUGCAUGGUCUCUGGUGUAGUCUAUCUAAUUUCGUGCAAAACAUGUGGGGACCAAUACAUUGGCGAAACAGGGCGCCCCCUUUGUAUUCGCAUUAAAGAACAUCUAAGGGGGAUGAAACAAUCGAAUGCAGCAACUCCCCUCGGAGUUCACCGCAGACAAUGUCAUGAAAACGUUCCUUUCUGCGUAGCUGUCACAAUUCUAUCGUACGAACCCGAAAUUAUAGCUCGCAGAACUUUAGAAGCGUUUUGGAUAAAUGCAAAAGGUCCAAAAAUGAAUAGAAAGGAAGAGUGCUUAGCCGUGACAAACGAGCUGGCUCUGUAUCAAGACCUUUGCGGGUUUGAUCUACGGGGUCAUAUGCGGGUCGCAUCCUAA